AUGGACCUCUUCCGAUGCCUCCAAACCCUCCCGAAUUUGAAGACCUUGGAGAUUAGCAUGAUGAGGCGCAGUAUCGACAUCUUCAGCGCCGCCUUCUCCGACCCAGACCCAGGCAUUUUCACGCUGGACAAGAUCGAGAAUCUCGUCGUGACCAGCUCCGCAGCCUUUCUCGUCAACCACUGUCCAAACCUCAAGAGCUUGGUAGUGCAGGAUGGAAGUGACUGCCUACUCGAAACCUACAUAGAUCUAUCAAGCCGUCUUGCACCACUGCAUGCAUCAGCAAUAACAUCAACGCCGCCAUUAAGACACUUUGACGCCACAGCGACCUGGUCCAUCUCCGAACUCCUCUCCCUAGUGCAAACCUUCCCCCAUCUCCAGCACCUCCGCAUGCGGAGCGAUACAUACUGCUAUCGCGCCUCAACCCCCACCAUCAUCGACACUCUUGGCAAAAACCUACCCAACCUCCAAACCCUGCAUCUCGUCAAAUCAGGCAGUUUGGGAAUGGGCUACCAAAGCGUCUGGCAGCGGCGCAUUAAAGCAUGUUCCAACGCCGAGUAUCGCCGCAUGCUAUGGCGCGAAAACGAGAAGCUACGCGUCGAGGUUGAGAAUACGAUUGUGCGGGGGGCGUUUGGUAGGAUUACAAGGUUGAGGGAGUGUUGGCUGGGUGAGAAGAGGGUUGCGAGGAGAUAUGGGGAUGGGUGGAUGUGGGAGAGGAAGAGCGAGGAUGUGGAAGAUUGCGUUAUGGGGGAUGGUGCGAUUGCAAAGUUGAGGAUGGAGAAGGAGGCAGUGGUUGUGGAGAGGGAGAUGGGUUGGUAG